UUUUUUAUCACAACAGCCCAGACAACGAACAUCUUGUUUAUGUCUCUUUCCAAAACUCCCCAAUGAAUUGAUUUAGAAGACAAAUGACUUUUAUUUCUAGACGAUGAAGCUAUAAUGCAAGGUAAGGGCCUAGGGAUGUAUAGAUCAUGUAACAUAAUAUAGUGAUCAGUUCAUGUAAAGAUUGACAGACUCUUUUAAUAGGGGUGAGAGAGGCAGAGAGGGGGAAGAGUAGACUGGUGCAAGACUGGUGAACAUCAGCGGGUCCUGAAGACAACCUGUGUGGAGGAUGAAAAGCGUGGGUAUCGCAAUGGGAUCUCCGAGGUGGAACUUCUUAUUCUGCUGCUUUGUGUUGAGCAACUUGCAACCAACAAGAGCAAACAAGCCUGUGUUUCAGGCGCAGUUUCAAGCAGCCAUCUUCUUACGUUCAAGGCGGGCCAAUUCAUGGCUUCCUUUUGAGGAGAUCCACCAGGGGAACCUGGAGAAAGAGUGCUAUGAGGAGAGGUGCAACAAAGAGGAGGCCAGGGAGUACUUUGAGAAUGAUCUAAAAACAGAAGCCUUCUGGACAGUAUACUAUGGCACAAGACACCUUGAGAAAGCUGUCCAGGGUCCCAGACCGACCUCCUCCAUACAUGGGGAUCAGUGUUCGCCCAACCCUUGUCAAAAUGGAGGAACCUGUGUAGACAGAAUAGGGGGGUAUACCUGCCGCUGCACGGAGCUUUACGUGGGCCCCAGCUGUGAGAGGGAUAUCUCUCAGUGCCCAGCUAAUGGCCCCCAUGCCUGUGAACACUUCUGCAGUCCCACGUAUGGAGCCUACACCUGUCAUUGUGCUCAGGGAUACACACUGCAUCCAGAUCGGAAGAGAUGCGUACCUCAUGUGAAACAUCCUUGCGGAAGAAUCCCCCAUUCCACAAGCAGACACAAAGUGCCGAAUCACAGACGCUCUGGUGAUGAGAUCUGUCCGCAGGGGCACUGCCCUUGGCAAGUGACUCUGGUGUCCAGGAGUGGAGAGCCUGUGUGUAAUGGUGUGAUCCUGGGGCCACGUGCGGUGCUUACCACAGCAACCUGCAUGAGUUCCAACACAGACAUCACACACGUCCAUAUUGGACACCUCUCCCCUCGCUCUAGAGGCAUCAGGCUGCCACUGGAGGCUGUCCCCACUACUCACAGUCGCUACAAGCUUGGUCACCAAGGACACGACCUUUGCUUCCUGCAACUGAACUCCUCAAUACCACUAGGAGUGUCUGCCAUACCCCUGUGCCUUCCAGAGAAGGACUUCAGUGAGAACAUCCUGAUGCAAGACGACCAGGAGGGGCUGAUCUCGUCAGGGCGUGUCCGGCACUCUUACGUCUCAUUGCAUGACUGCCGUAACCACCUGAACCUCAGCUUUACCUUGAGCAAUAAGAUGUUCUGCAUGAAAGAGAGUAACCUGGGAACAGAACACAAGGAGGAAGGACAAGAACAUCCCCCAAGGGAGGGGCAAAAGCUCCACACAGUGCAGGCAGGGAGGUCAAGUCAGAUCACUCCAAAGAACAGACUAAGGCCUAGGACACAACGGCCUGUGUGGGUGACUGAAGGGGAUUUAAUAGAGUAUACAGAGGACGUACUACUUUUAUCAGAAGUUCAGAAGUCCACUGCACAGAUUGAGACACCCACUGAACAGACGUCUGGGGCGAGUCCCACUGAACAGACGUCUGGGGCGAGUCCUACUGAACAGACGUCUGGGGCGAGUCCUACUGAACAGACGUCUGGGGCGAGUCCUACUGAACAGACGUCUGGGGCGAGUCCUACUGAACAGACGUCUGGGGCGAGUCCUACUGAACACACGUCUGGGGCGAGUCCUACUGAACAGACGUCUGGGGCGAGUCAGACGUCUGGGGCGAGUCCUGAUGAACAGACGUCUCAGGCGAGUCCUACGCAAAAGGGGACAUUAGAACCCACAGUGGGAUAUGUUGAUUCCACAAAGAUGGAAAAGUCUCCUCCCACAGUUAAAGGAAGAGGUGACUGUGGGCUCCUCCCUGGGACUCCUGUGGCCAGUGUGAAAGGCAAAACUGCGUUUGUGACCGGACUCAUGCUGUCCCACGACUGCAGCCAGGGGCUGGUCUUCACCAAGCUCUCACGCUUCCUGCCCUGGCUAGAGUCCCUGCUUGAACUGAAGAAAGCCUGACCCCAAGCGCUGGUGAAAUAAACACCCUCAUGAUUCCCCCUAUGUUCAUUGUAUUGUUGAGUAUAGUAUAGUCUGUAUUGACAUUUGGGUUUUUAAGUCUUCUGUAUGUACAUGACUACUUAUAUGUGCACACUCAUAUGUGGCCGUGAUUGCCUUCACCUCCAGUUGAACUCUUUCUUUCUCUGAAACAAAUCACAUUUUCAUGAAAUGGAUGUUUCAACAUAAAAAUGUGUCAAUACACACACGACAGAAUACAAAUUCUUGGUCAUUUUGACAGGCAUUUCUGUUUAACAGUACCAUAAUUCUGUUGAGGCUAAAAAUGUUGAUUGAAUCUAAAUUGGAAACACUUUAGAAAAUGUGUCAUUUACACAAAUAGGUAACAUCACACAACAUGAUUUGACCUACCGUACACCCUUUGCAAUUGCUCUAAGUGUAAUAGCCUCAUUCAAGGGCAGCAUGAGGAAGUGUGAGAGGUCACGUACACAGUGACCCACCAUUGUUUUGCUGACCCCAGAGACGUCUUGCAUGACUGUAGUUGGUGCAGAUUGCCAAAGGGUACAUAGCAACAGUGAUGGGCUUUCAAAUCGCCUACGUGUACAUACAGUUAUGUGCAAAAGAAUAGCAGUCUCACAUCACUAAUGUGUUUAAGUACUGAUUUUGGCAGAAAUUAUGAUACAACAUGGGAACUAAAUCAUGACUAGGUGCAGCAGAGCAAUGGCCAAACAACAGACUUAACAGACAUGACAUGCAUGCUGCUGAUUCGGGGUAAUUGACUAAUUUAAUGAAAGGUGUUCAAAUGGGUGUGUUCAAAUUAAUAGCAGUGUGGAGUUCAAUUAGGGAGGUCAAUCAGUCGGUGAAGAAAUGGUGUCAAUAAUGGCCCUUAUUUAAGGAAGGAAGGCAGCAGGGGUUGUACCUGCUGCUUUUAGCCCUUGUCCAGUGGUAAAAUGGGUUGGUCUAGACAUUGCACUGAAGAGAAGAGAACUCUUAUAAAAAAGUUGAUUGGAGAGGGGAAAACUUAUAAAGAAGUGGAGAAAAUAAUUGGCUGCUCAGCUAAAAUGAUCUCCAAUGCUUUAAAAUGGCAAAGAAAACCAGAAAAACGUGGGAGAAAAAGGAAUACCACCAUCCGCGUAGAUCGUAAAAUAACAAGAAUGGCAAAGAAACAACCAAUGAUCAGCUCCAGAGAGAUCAAAGAAGAUCUUCAUUUGCCUGUGAGUACUUCAACGAUCAGAAGACGCCUAUGUGAAGCCAAACUAUUUGCAAGAAACCCUCGUAAAGGACCACUGCUGAAAAAAAGACAUGUAUUGAAAAGGUUACAGUUUGCCAAAGAACACAUUGACUGGCCGAAAGAGAAGUGGCGCAAUGUUCUAUGGACAGAUGAGAGCAAGAUUGUUCUUAUUGGGUCUAAAGGCCGCAGACAGUUUGUGAGACGACCCCCAAACACUGAAUACAAGCCACAGUACACUGUGAAGACUGUAAAACAUGGAGGUGCGAGCAUAAUGGUUUGGGGAUGUUUCUCAUACUUUGGAGUGGGGCCCAUUUAUCGCAUAACAGGCACCAUGGACCAGUUUCAGUACGUUUAAAUACUGGAAGAGGUCAUGUUGCCUUAUGCUGAGGAAGAAAUGCCCUUAAAAUGGGUGUUUCAGCAGGACAACGACCCCAAACACACCAGCAAGCGGGCAACAUCCUGGUUCCAGACCAACAAAAUUGAUGUGAUGAAGUGGCCAGCCCAAUCCCCGGACCUCAAUCCGAUUGAGAAUUUGUGGAGUGACCUGAAGAAUGCAGUUUUUGAUGCAAAACCCAAGAAUGCAGAAGAUCUGUGGAGUGUAGUCCAGUCAGCUUGGGCUGCAAUUUCUGUUAGCAGGUGUCAAAUGUUAGUUGACUCUAUGCCAAACAGAUGUAAAGCAGUGAUAAAAAAUAAUGGUUACACAACUAAAUAUUAGUUCAGUGCUUAAAGUAGGGGCUAAAUCUUCAUUUAAUUUUAAAGUUUAUACUGUAAAUAUUCCAGUUCGUAAAUGAAAAUGCAGAUACUGCUAUUUUUUUGAACAGCCGAAUAAUCUUUUUCUUUAUUUUCAGUUUAAAAAAAAAAAAAGUUCAUUUUUUCAUGUGGAAUUGAAUGUGUGCUGCUCCUAGUGCCUUUGUAUGUAUUGAAAUAAAUGCUAUUAGGAACAUGGAACUUUUUCUUUGUUGUUUUAAACACACUGCUAUUAUUUUGCACAUAACUGUAGCUACAGUGAUGGGCUACAGGAUGGAAAUGGUAGUUGUCCGUCAUCUGCUACUUGUGCAACAAAAUGCCCAAUAUGUCUGUGUAGCAUUUGGAAUGUCAACUAAGAUGUCUUGAAACAUAAAUUCUGUGUGAAGUA